UCGCGUCAUAUUAUAACUCUUAUUACACUUAGGUGGAGUGGUUCAAGUGUGAAAGUUCCGAAAGCCAAGUGUUAAUAUCGCGUUAUCUAAUGAUGAUUGGAGUAAAACAUCGGGUCGAAGCAACGCAAUUAUGUAGGCGGCGGAAUGGCCGCAUGUGAAUGGUGCGGGAUCGAUAGAGCGGAGUGCGCACGCUCGUCCCUCGCCGUCCGCCGUUCGCCGCGCUACCCCGCGCUCCACAUCGCAUACACAGCUGGCUUCACCUUCCGCCGCUGACGCUCAUCAACCUGUGUCUCAGUGUCCCCUGUGUACAGAUCCAGUGCUCUGCCGCAUCUUGGAUAUGGUCCGGACUGAUUAGUGGCUCUAAACGAUGUGAUGUACCGUCUCUCAUGGCGGCAGGCUCUAUGGGCGCUGGCGCUUUUAUGUGUGCUGGCGCCCUCGAACGCCGAUGGUAACAUAGGUUGCUUAUUUAGCUCUUCACUGUGCAUUAAAGGAGUAGAAUGGUGCUACGACGAUUUCGCUUUCGGGAGAUGUAUAUCGAUCUUUGAAGAGGAAGCUGAAGAAGGUGAUCUCUAUCGAUAUGACAUGAACUCGGAGCAGCUGAAAUGGUUCGAGAGCGAGUUGCAGCGGCUGGCAGAACGUGGCUACCGCUGGGAGCAUGCAUACACGCAGUGCGUGCUUCAGGCCAUGCUCUAUACACUCAGGCAGGACCUGGAUCCAGCCAAGGUCAAUGCAAAGAUAUGUGACCAUUUCGCUGACCCAAAAUUGAGUAAUAUACCACUUGACGAUGAAAACGAGAAUACUGAAGCCGAACCUGACGAAACGGCGUAUAUACGGUUUACGCCAAAUUCCCCACAAACGGACUCCGACUUUGCAAAUGAGGUUUACAGCCCUCCAGACGAUCCCAUGUCAACUUACCUAGUACCUGGUGGUAAUGCAGUUCCGGUCAUUGUUGAGGAAGACGCAGUUCCAGAUGACGAAACGCCAAGUGACAAAGUUAGAAAUUUGUUGAUGCAUGCUGACGAAGAACUGCCUGUUAAUUUACCUUUUGAAGGGUUUCGAGAGCGAAUCCAAGCUGAAAAAGUAAAAGCUGGUGAUAAUGACAACACAAUACCUGAUGCUGUAUUAGAUAAAGAAAAAAAAUCUCUUCCUGAUGUUGAACUACUCACGCAAGGCAGUCCCAACUCUGACUAUUUGGAUGAAGAACGCGUGGGAGCACACUAUCGUAAGAUCAAAACUAGGCCCCCACCUUACACAGCUGAGUACAUCACUAGCAAUAGAUUGUCGGAUCUUGAUGCUGAAGUUCGAUUCAAUGCUUUAGAAAAAUACAAGCAAAGUUUUGCUGAGAAGAAUUUUCCAUUUGAAUACGAAAAUCCUGGGGAGUUGCCCGAACCGAGAAUAUAUAUCGAUGAAGAUGGGUUAGACGAUUUUCCUGUUGACUCCGGUAGUGGUGAACGAGACCCUUAUCAUAUAAUGAAAGAUAAAAACAAGAUGGACCUAAAACAUUCUAAGAAUAUGGAAUAUUUAAUGAACUAUUGGCGUGAAAUAAUUGAUUCUAAAUUGAAACCACAAGGAGCAUUGUAUGCAGAAGGAGGACCUAUGAAGGCUGAUGAUCUGCAGAGCCCCUUGUACUCAAGCAGCUCAGCCCGGAAGCGGCACGCGCACCCUAAUGAAGGUGUUUCAAAUACCGACGAUGUUUCAGGUGAAAAUUCAAAAUUGUCUUCUGAAGAGUUUCAAGAUUUGUUAAAUAGCGAAUGGGGCUUUAUGCGUAGGGAAAGAGAUGAUGUUAAAAAGCCCGGGCCGCGCCUGGAUGCGAAAACAAUAAAGUUAAUAUACCAGAAUAAGUCGGUGACAGGUCAUGGAAAUACAAAGGCACAAAAGUUAAUAAACGGUGGACAUGAUCAUAAUGAAUAUGACUACGAUCCUUCUUACGCAUAUGUUUUAUUCAAGAAUAGGUUCGGUACGGACUGGGAGAAAGGCAUAUCAUUCAUAGCAAAAAUCGAAGAACUGCUUGGCUUAGAGAAAAACACAUUUACGAAUCCUCGGGUUGAUCCCGGAGAAGUUACGUUUAAAGUUGAGAAAAAUAGCAAAAAUUACGAUGCCGUGGAUGUAGCAUCACGUGUCGAUGAGAUCAAAGACGAUUUGCGCCUCGUAACUGGUGCACAAGUUAUACAAACUGGCGUGGGUGAUCGGGUAAAUAGCAAGCGCCCAGUAAUUCGCCACUCAGAUUCAACUGAAGGUCUUAUCUGGGGUCUGGAUAUGCCAGUAGUGCUAGCCCUGGUGGGUAGUCUUUCUGUGCUGAUAGUGGGUGCGGUGGUCUUCGCGAUACUUCUGAAGAGAGAUUUGAACGCCAGGAGGAAGAUGCAAGGGCUCUCCACGGCUACCGAAAUAGACGCAGAAGCAACCAGAGAUUACCAGGAGUUGUGCCGGGCCCGUAUGUCAGGCAAGUGGACCGGGCAACAGACGGCUGCAGCACCUCAUUCCUCAGAUGCUCCCCAACGUAUCACCUCGCUGUCUCGUGAACCUGAUGGCAACUCACCUUCCACCAGAUCUAGCACUUCGUCGUGGAGCGAAGAACCAACAUUGACCAAUAUGGACAUCUCUACUGGACAUAUGGUCCUUGCUUACAUGGAAGACCAUCUCCGCAACAAGGAUCGCCUUGAGCAAGAAUGGCGAGCUCUAUGCGCAUAUGAAGCGGAACCCUGUGCGACCGUAGCAGCCCUGAAACCGGAGAAUACGGGCAAAAAUAGAUACCCUGAAGUGCUGCCCUAUGAUCACUCCAGGGUCACACUGAACACUCUUUCCAACCAUCUUGGGUCUGAUUAUAUCAACGCUUCUACUAUUACCGAUCAUGAUCCUCGCAACCCUGCCUAUAUCGCCGCAGCGGGUCCUCUGGCGCACACCGCGCCCGACUUCUGGCAAAUGGUAUGGGAGCAAGGAAGCGUCGUCAUGGUUAUGCUCACAAGGCUUACGGAGAAUGGUAAUCAGCUUUGCCAUCGGUAUUGGCCGGAGGAGGGUUCUGAACUCUAUCAUAUCUACGAGGUGCACCUAGUAAGUGAACACAUCUGGUGCGACGACUACCUCGUCCGCAGCUUCUAUUUAAAGAAUCAAUGCACCGGAGAGACUCGCACGGUCACGCAGUUCCAUUUUCUCUCCUGGCCAGAGAACGGAGUGCCAUCCUCUACAAAGGCCUUGCUGGAGUUCAGGAGGAAAGUAAACAAGUCCUACAGAGGAAGAUCUUGCCCUAUCGUUGUCCACUGCAGUGACGGAGCUGGCCGCACGGGCACGUACUGCCUGAUUGACAUGGUGUUGAACCGCAUGGCAAAGGGUGCAAAAGAGAUCGACAUCGCCGCCACACUCGAGCACAUCCGCGACCAGCGCGUUCGCACUGUUGCCACCAAACAGCAGUUCGAAUUCGUACUCAUGGCCGUUGCUGAAGAGGUACAUGCGAUACUAAAGGCUCUACCGGCACAUCUGCAACAAAUGCAAGAAAAGAAGGACAAAGAGAAGGAAAAAGAUAAAGAUAAAGACACCGAAAAGGAAAAGCCCAACUGAACACGACGAUACGCCACGACAUUGUUAACCAACUUCUUUUCACUCGACUAACGUAAACAAGUAAAGCGUGUAUCCGUAGUCUCGAGGCUUUGAAUUUCGCUGCCUACCUGCAAAUGCACUUAGUACGGCAUUUGUGGAAUCGAAAUAAGAGAUUCAUUUGUUUUAAUCUCGCCACUUGGUAGCGUGAAGUUCUCAACCUUGAUAUUAUUGUAAUAAAUGUGUUUUAUGUAUUCACUUUUCCUUAGCGCUUUAUUUUCAUGUAUCUUAAUAUUCUACAAAGUACGAAAACAUUCAUUAACGUAAGUAAUUUGGUGGAAAUUAAUGAUUUAUUUAGUGUCAUAUUAAUCAUUUCAUCAAGCUGGCUGUCCAGUAGAUUAUGCUACAAAACAAAAACUAGGCAUUUAUUUUUUUAAAGCUUUUUAAUUGUAUGUUAGUGAUGUAUUUUCAUAUGGAUACAAGAAGUAGAAUAUUUUUAAGACAAUUUUAAACAUAUUAAUGUUAAUUUUAAUUUUGAUCAUCAUAGCUUUUUGUUUGGCAUACUGUAAACAAAAAUAAACACAUUGUAUGCAACAGGUAUCUUAGUCAAUUGUUAAGGUGUCUAUAGUCACAUAUUCCUUUUAUGUUUAAAAUGUAUGUACAGAACAUUAUUUAUCUAAAUGUUGGUUUAAUUAGAUAAAGUUCAGUUGUAGGAAAUUUACGCGACCAAAUUCAACAAACAAUAAAUUGUAACAUUCUAGAACCUCUGUUAUAAAAGAAAGAACUGCUUUUAAAUGUUGAAUAUAUUUAAUCAAGUGUUAUUCGUUUACGUAAUUUACAAAUAUCUAAUUAUGCAAUACGUUAUUUGCAUGAAAUGCAUUAAUAUCUAUGACUUGAUCUCAAAGUAGGUGAAGUGUUAAUAUACAUAUAUCCAGAAUCUUGCUGUGCUAUUUCUUCGUUACUUGUCAAGUACUCGUACCUACAUAAAUCAUACAAUGUAAUCUUUUUCGUAUAACAUUUAUCAUUUGUUAUGGUAAUUUAUGAAAUAUUGUAAUUGUCAAAUUUGACCAUCAUACUCGUACACAGGGCGCGCAAGUACUGAAGUACAAAUCUACCAGAAAUGUGCCCACCGAAUCAUAUCCUGACAAACGGCAUACCUGAAGAAAUAUAAUCAAAUAAAUGAGAUCAAAAAUUAAUAUUUACUGAGUAGUAGAAACAAUAGAGACGUAAAUAUAAGAUUUAUAUACCUAAGGUUAUUUAUGCAUAUUACGUAAAAAUAUAAAAAAAAAAUAGCUACCCACGAAAUUACGAGUGUAGUUUAGAUUUAAGGGAAAAUAUAUUUAACCGUAUUUCUGUAUGAAAUUAUAUGUAGUUUUUAUGUGGAUGAUUGAAUAAUGGAUUUUGAUUAAAUUGUUUUAGGUAAUAAGACAAAAUCUAGUAUCCUCAACCCUAAUCUCCGUAUCCCAUCCAUUUACACGUACUAAAUUGCAAGGACAGAUACACGCACAACUAAUAAUUCCACACAGUG